AUGAGCAUUCCACCAAGAAGUUCAGCUCUUCCUCUCUUUCCCGUUCUGAUGCUAUGCUUCUUUAUCUUCAUCUGCUAUAAGCUCUUUCCCAAGUUAAUCCCUCGCUCCAUCAUGUCAAAUUACAUAAUUCCAACCGCCGCUCAUUUGACAUGGGCGUGGGAUUUCUUGCUUCACCAUUCCCUAUUUCCUAAUUCUCAUCACAAUAUGAAUGUGCCGAAAAAUGGUGAUCAGGGACUAAGACUAGGGCUCUACAGACCCGAGCCGGGGUCGAAGGAGGUGGCUGAGUGUGCAGUGUGCCUGUGCAAGAUUGAAGAAGGAGAAGAGAUAAGAGAGUUGAGGUGUGAUCAUAUGUUUCACAGAGAUUGCCUUGACAGAUGGGUUGGGCAUAGAAAUGGCACAUGUCCCUUGUGUCGCGGUUGCCUUGCUCCUCCACGAAUGGUGAAUGGGGUGGGAGAGGAAGUAAUAGUUUUCAGGUAUUGUUCAUUCAGUUCCAGUACUCGGUCUAUGUGGUGGCUGCGCUGAAUUCAUCAUCCCACGAUAAGCAACUUUAGUUUAAGAUUAAAGUAUUCAUGUAUUGGCAUUGUUCAGAGGAGGAGUUUCUUAUAUAGCUGAGUAUUAGGGACCUCCUCAUGUCCCUGUCGUUCAUCAAUAACCAUGGGGUUUUUCUCUUUCAAAGUCAGAAGCUAGAAAGAGUUAACAAGCUUUAAUUGUUCAAAAUUGUCACAGCUCCUAGCAGCCGAAAGGGACACCAAACCUCUGCCAUCUUCAAGAUGACAGUUUCCCCCAUUUGGGUUGGAAGAGGCUUUGGAGGGAUUGUAAUAGGAGAGGGUCAAUUCCUUUGUUUUCA